UAAGCAUUCCGAGAGGUAACCAAUCACAGCUGAAGGCUUGACGGGAAAGCCCCCGAUGCCCCGCAAUUAAUAACACAGCGGCAGGCCGUAAGUAACACGGUACGGUAAUCUGUACCCAUGUCAUCAGUUGUCGCAGGGCAGAGCAUCGCGUUCCUGAAGCUUAAGCUUGUUUCUCGCAUCACCCCGACUGGCCCGCGCCUCAGAAUCUCCGGGAGAGAUGGCUUUAGAUGAAGAGAGCUUGGAGAUAGCCGCCAAUGGCGGCUUGAUGGAUCUUGAUAAAUGGCCGGGAAUGGUCGAACCGUUGCUUGAGCGACUGGAAAACAUCAUCUACAAUGCCUUUCCAAUGCCCGAUGCCCCUCCAGAGCCGACGACCCCUUUCCGAUUCCAGCAGCAAUACCUGAACCCAACCUCAUCCUUUCUCCACGAUCCGAAUUCCGUCCCCUCUAGCAGCAACAAGGAAAAUGCCGCUCCGCCAGACCUCCAGACUCCUCCCCGUCCUCCUCCCUCAUCAAUUAAUCCUCCGUCGUCAACGGAACGCGUUCCCGACUCCCUUCCCGCGUCUCAGGUAGGCGCUUCGACGACAGCUCUCCCCGCACCUCUCCUCCUGAUUCACCAAUCUAUCCAAUCAACUCUGAGAUCGCUUUUCUCUUCCAAACCCCCACACACUAUCCAACGACUUGCGGAACUUAUCCUGCGUCCCAACGCGCAUUAUAAAACACUUCCCGCUUAUCUACGAGCUGUGGAUCGGGUUAUCUCCGUGACGAGUAGCGCCGACGUUUUCCCACUUCCGCUGCAAACUACAGCGCAGCCGAAUGGCACGAUCAAUGGCGCAGAAAAUACAUUCAUCUUGACUGAUAAUUCGUUGGGGAGUGACGAGUCUUUGGGUGGCGCUCUUCUGACCCCGAUUUCCUGGCUGAACAAUGCUACGUCUCCGGGAGCUGAAACAGCGGGGUUAGGCGAAGUCUCCAUAACAACUACAGUCCCCGGUCUCCAGCAGCAACUUCUCACACAACCCGUCGAUUCAGCCACGCAAGAGCCACAGCCGACCCUCGCCGCUUCCGAAGUACCAGAGGGUGAGCUGACGGCAGAGCCUACAGAGGAAAUUCCUCACGCACGGGGGCCUGCUGUCCUAGGUGUAGAGGAUAUGGGCCUCCAGGACGGCAAGGGGGUGGAAAUGACGCUGCUCAGGACGGAUGCUGGAACAGACAAUCAGCCCUCCUCGGUUGGUGAACCAGCCGCUGAACAACCAGCCGCCCAGGUAUCCGGCACCGGAGCGGGAGAGAGCACAGCGACCACGACCACGGCUGUAUCUGGAGAUGAGGCCGACGGGGACGGAGAUAUCACACUGUCCGAUGAGCCCACGAUACCGCAGGAGGCCGGGAAGCGAUAGCAGGCUUGAAUUUAGCUCUGUGGAGGCGGCGAAAUGAAGAAUGAACUGGCUUGGUGCAUGUGUUACUUGUAUCUUUGGACUUUUACUGCUUGUUUUAUGAAUGAUGACCUGAAAUCUGACCUCCUCGAAGAAACUCUUUACCUGUGGCCGAAAUAGUGCUCAGACGGAAGCAACGAAGGGACGGUGCUGUGCGCUCGCAGCUGGGUAGCUCUUUCCUUUCAUGAAUCCCGUGUUGUCCGCCCAAUCAAGGAAGGUGCUAUGUACCCAUUGCACUUUCCAAGAUAUAGAAUGGGAAAAACCCCCGUUUACUACCAACACG